AUGGCAAAGCCUUAUGUGAAAGUCAUAGUUUUGGUCCUUUGCCUGAAUUUUACCGGAUUAUCAGAGACCAAAUCACAGCAGACUGGUGUUGGUAUCUAUUACAAUUCUGACUGCUGGUGGGAUGGGAAGUUCUUGAUGAAUUGUUCUUUCACUGGAAAAUCUACUAUCCCCACAGAAUCACAAACAGUAACAAUAGUUGAUUUAAGUUAUAAUAAUAUUACUACCUUACUGUGGUCUGAUGAAAAAUGGAAUAUCAAAUACCUGAAUCUUAGUAAUAACCUGAUUUCUGAGCUAUCUUUAAAUAAACUAGGGAAGCCGCAAUCUUUACAAAGUCUGCAUCUGUCAUCCAAUGAGAUAUCAUAGAUUGAUCAGAGUGAUUUUCAGAACUGUUCCCAACUAAAGAAUAUCUACUUACAGACCAACAAGAUAACCAAAAUUCAUCCUGAUGCCUUCAAGAAUCUCAAAAACUUGCAGCUAUUUAAGACUCAUUCUUCAGAGCAUAAACUGUUCAUCAGUUGGAUCAGGAAGAUAUUUGAAAAUACUGCAGAAUUACCUUCUUUUGGAGCAUCUGAAAUUAACACCACUGAAGGGAAAGGACUCCUCCCUGCCAAAGGAGGGAAACAAUUCUACAUUAUAGAGGAAACUUCAUGGAGAGAAUCCCAUGAAGCUUCCAGGCCCCUGUGCAGGAGUAGUCACAUCGAGGAUGAAGCAGUUCUAAAGAUACUGUCAUCAUAUUUUGUGGUUGUGAACCUCAGCAACAAUGCUAUGACAACCCUUCUACCAGCGAUAUUCAUUGCCUUGAACAUACUUCAAUCUGAAGUGGAUUUAUCAAAGUCCUGGAUAUGUGACUGCAGGCUCAUUGCUUUCAAACAUUUUAUUAGUUUUCUUUCUGAAUCCUUGAGGAAAAAGUGGAAUACCUUAUGCAGUGAACCGGUCAGCAACUCUGGUCAACCUCUGCUGUCUCUCAAAAGGUUUCAUUUAAACUGUGAAAUGCCUAUAGACAACGUCUUAUUUAAGAAAAUUGCUGUCCCAAUAGGAGAAACAGCUGUGCUAGAGUGUGGCUUGGAUAAAACCUGGGAGAAUGAAGAAAUCUAUUGGUGGACACUCCAUGGCAGAAUUUCCAAGGAUAACUGGCUUCCUCAUAUUAGACAGUAUGAAAUGAAAAACUUAAUAAUAUACAGUAUUGGGAAAACUGCAGAAGGGCUAUAUACAUGUAUUUGUAACAGAAUGAAGACGAAAUAUCUCAUCUAUGACAUAUAUGUGAAGCAAAAAUAUUCACCAUCCUUGGUUAGAAAUGCCAGAGACAUCAAUGCUGUUAUUAGACAAGGAAGAACAGAAGGAGACUUCACCUUGGCAGUCUGUCUCUCAGUUCUAAUUACGUUUGUUUGUGCUUUUUGUCUUGGUGCUUUCACUAGACCUUACAUUGGCAGACUCUGGAGACAAAUAUGCAGAAAGAAAAGCUCAGCUUCAGAAAAUACAUUUUCUAAUCAAGGAUUUUCAGCUGAAACUCUGACAACAGAGAACAUUUCAAACACACAAACAAGCGUACAGCAAAAUUUGUCUUUUUGUAGUGGAAACUCUUCAAGAAAUGUAGGCUCUGACAUUGUGGAUGCUACUAGCUUGCAUAAAGUUGCCCUUCAUAACAGAGUACUUGCAAUAAAUACAGAAGAAGCAAACCAAGAUCAAAGCAGCAACUAUAUCAAAGUAAAGAAAGAAAAGGUGUCUCAGAAUAGCCAAGCAACUAAUUCUGCUGAUGAAGCAGAUAUAAACAUUGGUAAUAAUGACAUUUUUUCUGCAAUGUCAGAUCAUCAGUGUAGCAAUAUUGCCUUUCAAAGAGAAUUAUCAAAUAAUGACAUUUCAUCAUGUGAUGAUUCAAAAUACCUUUUUAAUGAAGAUUCAGGAAAAAGCAGGUUCUCUCCUAUAGCGAAUAGAUUUAACAUGGACUCUUACUCACUCCACAUUGAAUCUUCAGAUUUAAAUUCACCAUUUGCAAGAGAAACUAACUUUCCAUUUUCUGAAGCACAAAUACAAACAAACGCACAGAGUUCUGAAUACAAUGAUGUAAACAACAGAUCUGAUCUGUUGCAGACUGAAAUUGCAGUCUCUCUUCAGGAGAAUAAGAGACAAAUGACUUCCCACACUCAGCCACUGAAUACUCAACAAUAUAUGCUCAAAAGGCAUAACUGUGAUAAAGAGCUUGAUGUAAAUGACAACAUAGAUAUGCUCAAUAACAGUGAGAAUUUUAUUUUACCUUCUAGCUGUGAAAGUGAUAUAAAUAUUGAGAAUUCAAACACCUACCAAACACAGAAAAAUUCUGCUGGUAUUCAAGAGUUUGAUUGUAAAGAAGAAAAUACUAAAAAUAAAGACAAUCCAGUGGACAUGUUUAAUGACAGCAGUUCCACAGAUGAAGGGUCUGCAUUCACACUGAGUGAUUCUAGUUCUUUAACAGACAGUGAACUGGGGCAAUCUAAUGCUGGUGAUGAUCAUCUGACCAACCCAUCAGUAACAGAGCAGGUGAUUAGCUUAAACAGUGGUACUGGCAAGUUCACCACAUUGCUACGGAAUCCUACAAUUACUACUGGAUUUCAAGAUAUUAUGGAAAAACAUGAAAAUAAGAAUGAAACAUAUUCUGAAACAGCUAUUAUUUCUGGAUCAGGUACUGGCAUGUCUGAAACACAUUCAUCUGUUCUUCAUAUAGAUUCAUCUCACACUGAUAUAUCUGACAUAUUUCAUAUUGAUAAGUUUGAUGAUCAUGUAACUCUGUCAGAUUCAAAUACAAAUAAUCCUCCAUGUUGUGAAGUUCCUGGUAUAUUUGAGUAUGUUACCAACCCAAAUUCACCAGCCCAGAAUAAAAUUUCUAAUCCUGUCUGCAAACAAAAUAUAAAUUUGAAUUACGUAACAUUACCACCAUUAAAGUAUUCUCCCAGAUCUAUUCCAGAUACAGAGAACAUUAUUUCUAAAAACACUUAUUUGCAGCUUUGUGAAUUUUCUACUUUAACUCAGCAUUUUGACAGAUCCACCCCCUCUCAUCAAAAAGAAAAUGUUACUGAGAUCAAUACAGAAGAAAAUCAUAUAGCUCACAGUUCUUCCCUGAAGAAUUACGGGGAAGAUGACAUUACAUUAAAUAUAGCAAAUAUUAAAACUCCUCACAUGAACAAUAAUUUUAUAUUCACUUCUAUUGAUUUUGGUUCGAACUGUGUUGCUAAUAAAGCAUCACUUCUGCAUUCCAAUAUAACUACUGAUGAACCAUUUCUUCAAUCUCAUUCAGAGAGCACAGAUGAAAAAUCUGUUGCAAACAUUACUGAGAGACAGGGCUCAUCAGUGCAAGAGCAACAGCAUAUGAACAUGUCUGGGACUUGUGCACAAAGAAUACACAGAGGUUUUAAUGAAAGGGAAUGUGAUAAAUACACAGAACAAAAAGUUUUGUCUGGAAUGGAUAAAGGCAAUUCUAGCUUGUGUACAGCAGAAAUGAAGUUUCACAAUAUUAUGACAGAUUCAAGCCAUGUUACCUCUUCUGAGACAAUGCAAUCAGUUUGCAAUGAAGAAAAAUACCUACAACCUGAUCAUGAGAGUGAAGAGAAUGUAUGUUUCUCAACACAUCCCCAGAGCUAUUUUAAUGCAAAUGUGCAACAUAGUUUAUAUAAGGUGUCACAGAAUGCUCAAGGAAAUACAAUCGCCAGCAGAACCAAUUCCAGUGAGACUGAGAAUGAAACUUCGUUGGCAGAAUUAGAAAACAGCUCUAAGGCAGAUGCAAUCCUCCAAAAUUCAAGCGAAAAACCUGAUAAAAAAAAUGAAGCCACAAGAGAGCGGCUUUUAACAGAGGGCAGCUUUUUUGUUAAGAAGAAAAAAGCCUUUGAUGGUUUUGCAAGUGUUCUACAAAGCAGAACAUUGGAUUCCACAAAAUAAGAUGUAGGAUGUUAAAUGACUGUACUAAGACUCUCUGCAAUGUUUAUUAAGGGUACACAAUCUUACACAGUACACAAGUAAAUGUCAAAAUGUGCUUAGUUUAAGAUGGAGUAUGGUUCCUGAAUUAUAUAUAUACACUGAUAAAUAUUGAAUAUUAAACUUAAAACAACCCCAACCAUUCAACCAUUGUGCCCAGUUUUCUCAGCAUAAUUAUCUGCCCUGAAUUAUUUCAGAACCCAUUCUGUAAAACUAUUUUAAAAAUGAAGGGGGAUGACAGUAGUAUGACCCUAAGAAUUUGCUAUAUUGUAACUCAUAUCAGGCCUGACACACUCACUACCCCCAACACACUGCUAUCAUAAUAUGUACCUAAAAGGUAUCAUGUAAGGUAUCAUAUGUAAACAGGUAAAUUGGCCCCAAAAAUCAGUGUCUGAUACAUGCACGAAUUGUGUACAAAGAAUUGUGUGCGCUGGAAGUAUGUUCUUUAAAAUGUGUUUGGGAAGCAGUGCAUACGUUGAGCAUGCCCUAGCAAAGGAAUAUGUAUUCCCCUGUCUAAUUGGCUUGAUUACAAGCAGAGGAAAAUGAAAGCACAUUUACAUACAAGGUAAACAAAGCAACCAAGCUAACAAGCAGCAGUUUAGUAAGCACACAGAGGGACAGAGUCUGCACCCUGAUGAAGUCUUCUCAGCUCAAGGCAGAGACAAUGGACUUAAGGCACAUAAAUUACAGCACCCUCUAAGUCUGUGAACGUUGGGUCCCCUGGCCAGGAGGGCUAGAGAUGCUGGUGGCUGGAUGUAAGUGAGAAAGCUGCUUAGGCAAAGAUUAUAACUUGCUAAAAUUAAAUUUUACAGUAGAGACCAAAUUUUGUUUUGUUUGUAACCAAACCUAUCUCUUUUUCAUUUGCCUUGUAUCAUUUACAUCUCUGUUCUUUAUUAAUAAACUUAUUCUUGUUUUAUUACAAAGCCAUCUCAAUGCUGUGUAUUAAAGUGAAGUGUGUCUUCAGCUAACUGAACAGAUUGGUGUGUAUAUUGUCUCUUUGGAGGCAGCAAACUUAAUUUUUAUGAAUGUCUGGUGAGAGGGACUGGACACUACAGAGAGACAUCUUGAGUGGAACUCGAGAGCUGGGAUUCACUGCUUGCUACUUGCAAAGGAAGGUUUAGACUGGCAGAGGCUUGAGGAGUUUGCUGGUGAAGCAGAUAGACAGACGUGGCAGGGAGCUGACACACAGUCUAAUCUCCAGCACAACUGACUAUUGCUGAAGCUGUUGGGUAACACAGUGGCUUACAGUUCUGUGGGUC